GUUGGACUCAUUUGAGCUUUAUUGUCCGUCCUGCUUUCUUUCUACUUUAUUAACUCUUUGAUAUCUCAAGUAAUGAGCUCAGAUUAUCGUAUUCGUGGCUUUGCGUGAAUAAUAUAUUAUAUGGUGACGAUCCUGGUCAGCCAUAUAAGUUGACCUAAAGUUAUAAAUAUUGCGACAUUUUGGACCACAUAUAUCAUGAUCCCGUAUGCAAAGUUAAUGCUUCUCAGGAUUGGUUGUGGGAAGUGAUAAUGCCUUGACUUCAUGGAUUAAGCAUCUACACACGACAAAGUUCUUCGAAUACUAUAGGGCUUGGUUCUCCUAUCCUCGGGCUUUAUCAUCAAAUACGCUUCUCAAACACUGUGUUGUGUUGACGACUCUAUUGCUCUAUAUCCCGAAGAUGCCAAAAGGAAGGCGCGCCGACGCCCAGAUAGGGUUGCACCUGCCACAUUGGCUGGCCUCUUAAGUAUACUUCAGCAUCAAUUCUUUAUACGCGUCUCAUUCCUAAGAUGCAACUUUCGCCUUCGUUCAAGUCCAUUCACUCUUUCCCUGCUCUAGAGGUUCUCGUUCGAUGAUCUGUGUGUUUGCAGGAGCUUCUUGACAGUCUUUACUGAGAUGUACAUCCUUCAUCCUUACUGCCGCUGGAAUCCUGCCUGCUAGUGAUGGGAUUGAAGCACAUUUAUUACUUCACAUCUGCUAAGUCGUUCAGCAAUACCCGGAACUCCCUUUCCCCUCUUUCCUUGUGCCCUUAUCGAUUUAUCAUGCCGUAUACACAGAUGGGAUUUCGAUCGGGCUGGAUAGAAGUGUCGGAAUUUAGAACUACCCUGAGGCAGAGGAUGAUAUCAAAUGAACGAACAAGGGGAGACCGAAUUGAACUGGAGCCACAGCCACAAGGUUUUUCUAUAAUAACAAAGCGCAUGCCAGCCUUAACCACCACCGAUAAACCAACAAAGACCGUGAAGACAGCUCAUCCAAGAUUCGAUAGUCUCCUCAAGCGCACGGCCAAAGAGCCCGCCAGUCCAACGAAUGCCAGCAACAAUCUAAUUCCUCACUGGAGCUACGAAAAGAGCUCCAUCGCAGCAGCGUGCAUAUUCAGCGCCAUUGCCGUAAUAGGCCUCAUUUUCCUUGCCAUCCUCUCUAUCCGCAAGAUCCGACGAAGUUGGAAGCGCCACAAGCUAGAGAUGCGAGACUAUACCGCGUUCGAGCACCGCAGGGACAUGAGCAACGACGACCGAGACUCAAAUGUCUGCUUUAUAACCGAAAGCAAGUCAAGCCGGGCGUCGAUGAUGUAUGAUCACGACAAUUCGCCGUCGGUGGGUUAUGUUGUCGAGCAAACGGGAGGGUCUGUGACGCGCGUGUUUCGCGAAGGCAAUAAUGUCUCUGCACAGACUUUCGAUACUAUCGGUGCUUCCCCCGGGAAAGUGAGUCCGACGCGCAAGAAGAAGGGUGUGCUCGGAGGGAGGGCUGAUUCUAGUACCCCUUCUGGCAAAGGACGUGCUGGUUCCAUCCCGAAACCAAUAGUAGUGGUACCGUCCCCAUUAAAGCAUGUUUCCUCGCUGAAAGCUACCCCCGUUAUGCCGCCGACUGGCUCUAAUACGUCCGACUCGGAGCAGUCAUCCAUGUCCCCUGCUUCUCAAAAUGAUGCCGAACCGGUGGGUAGAAUUUCGAAUGUUAACUCACUGUUUCGUUUACCUUCUAUCAAGAAAUCCACAUCUCCUUUGUUUAGUUUUUGAUGGGCAUUGCGCUCUUCCUGCUUGACGAAGAUGAUACUAUACAAUUGCACUUCAGUUCUAGGAUGUCGAACGGGGUUAUCGCCGUCCGGAAUGACUCCAUCCCACUCCUAAUCGAUAGAAUUGUCUAAGGACACGGCAUGUAGGGCUCAUCGUGUCCUUUCACUUGGUUUGAACUUCUCACUCUUUUGGGUAUAGCUUAUAUGGAUUGUUAGUUGGUACAUAUGGCCAUGUGCCUGCUUUCCCUUUUGAAUACCCUUUGUUUAUUUUCGCUCGUUGGGCGCUAAAUCAGCUGAUAAUCUUACUACCAGCGGCAUGUCUUAUUCGUUCCAAUCCAUGAGACUGCCGAAUCAUUUAUUCUAUAUAAGUAAUGAACCGAUUACCGCCUGCGCAG